UCUAUCCCUCUCUCUCUCUCUAUUAACUCCUGCAGCAGCAUAAAGUUCAAAUCGCUUUCUCAAUUUUCGGUUACCAUUUUUCGCUUUCUCUACAACCUCCGAAGAUAUAGGGAGCGAGCGAGCGACGCGAAAUCAAAACUGAUGGGAGCGUAUUGCAACGACGACCUAAACAUGCCGGUUUACUCCGCCGGCGCUCCGACGAACGAGCUCCGAUUCAGCAAGCAUGUCUACGACAACGUUCAUGGCAACAUCUACCUCGAUCCUCUUUGCUUGAAAUUCAUUGACACGGAGCAGUUUCAGAGGCUUCGUGAACUAAAGCAGCUUGGAGUGACAAACAUGGUAUAUCCGGGAGCUGUGCAUUCUAGGUUUGAGCAUUCUCUAGGUGUGUAUUGGCUUGCAGGCGAAACUGCACAGAAGCUAAAAAAUUUCCAGGGAAUGGAGCUCGAUAUUGACAAACAUGAUCUUCAGACUGUGAGACUUGCGGGACUUCUCCAUGAUAUUGGCCAUGGGCCUUUCAGCCAUAUGUUUGAACGUGAGUUCCUGCCAAAGGUCAUGAGUGGUUGUGAGUGGUCUCAUGAGUCGAUGUCUGUAAAGAUGAUUGACCAUAUUGUGGACACGCAUAACAUUGAUAUUGAUGCUCAAAUGUUGAAAAGAGUGAAGGAUAUGAUCCUAGCAAGUACUGAAUUUUCACAGCUGAAAAGCAACGCAGAGAAACGUUUCUUGUAUGACAUUGUUGCUAAUGGUCGAAAUGGGAUUGAUGUGGACAAGUUUGACUACCUUGUCCGUGAUUCUCGAGCUUGUGGACUGGGAUGCAACUUUCAGUUCCAAAGACUGACAGAGACGAUGAGAGUCAUGGACAACGAAAUCUGCUAUCGCGCUAAGGAGUACCGUAAUGUUCACAAGUUAUUUGCAACACGUGCUGAUCUCUAUCGAACUGUCUACACACAUCCGAAAGUAAAGGCAAUAGAGCUUAUGAUAGUAGAUGCUAUGGUCAAAGCCAACGAUUACUUGGGGAUUUCUACUAACAUUGACGACCCAGCUGAAUACUGGAAGUUGGACGAUACAAUCCUGAAAACCAUUGAAAUAGCUCCAGAUCAAGAACUUGCAGAAGCUAAAGACCUGAUACUCCGCGUUCGCAGAAGGCAGCUGUACCAAUUCUGUAACGAGUAUGCGGUUCCAAAGGAAAAAAUCGAACAUUUCAAAGCCGUCACUGCUCAAGAUAUCGUCUGUUCUCAGAAGCAUACAAGCUUAACACUCAAAGAGGAGGAUAUCGCUGUUACCAAUGUCAAGAUUGAUUUAGCUCGUGGGAGAGAAAACCCUCUUGAGUGCAUCAAGUUCUUCAAGGUACACUAUCGUCUCUCUGUCUUGUACAGCAUAAUCUCAACACUCUAUUUGUUUGACGGGUUUCUUGUACAGGAUUACGAGAGUGAAGAGAAGUUUGUGAUACCUGAGGAAAGAGUUAGUCACUUGUUACCAACAACAUUUCAAGACAUGAUAGUGAGAGUAUAUGCCAAGAAACCAGAACUGGUGGAAGCAGUUUCUGAAGCAUUUGAGAACUUCCAAGUGAGAACGUAUGGAAUCAAAGCUCAAGUUCACGAAACACCUGAGAAAAAGAAACGCCGUGUCAUGUAAUUAGUUACGUGGCCGUAACUCAUUUCAUUCUUCUUUUCUUACGGUGUUGAAGCUUUAACUACGGAUGUGUGCGUAUAUACUAAGCACACGUAUAGGAUUUACAAUUACCUUAAAGUCUUGGAUCUUACCAUUUUCUUUCUUUAUACGUAAGAAGAAAACAUUCUUUACGAA